AUGGGGUCUGAAGAUCCUCAAGACCUAAGCUCUACGCAGGAGCCUGGUAGCCACCUCCCAGCUAGCACUCCAUCAGCAGACCCGAAGAAACCAAAGCAUGAAUUUCCCCAAUCGCAAGUUGGAAAGUUAUGGGAUGCUUUCGGCAACCCCGAAAGCCAAGCGAACAUAUUGGCAGAUGCCACAUAUAAGCCUCGAGGCAAAGCGGCCAAAGAUGUGUCCUACUCAGAAGUCAUUGGGGAAGUUUCCCUGGCCGAAUUAGCCAAAGUCCACAAACAGCCAUGCACGAGGGAUGCAUUAUUAACUGGAAUUGGUGCUGGGUUUGGCGUUGGAGGUAUUCGAGCUGUUUUUGCAACUGGAGGAGCCCGUGUAUUCUCUUCUGCCGCCAAUUGGGCUGUCGUAGCAGGGGUUAUCGCUGCCGCCGCAACUUUCGAACUCUGUCAAAAACACCGACGUGACGAAUUAAAUGGAAUGAAAGAAGCAGUCGAAUUGAUGAAAGCAUUGAAGGACAAAAAACAACGGGAAAAGGAAAUGGCAUCCCAGCGUAUCGAGGAAGAGAAGCGCAAGAAGAGUUGGACAAACCCCGACAACUACAAGUUCUGGUAA